GUGUCGCAGAAUCGAAAAUCGGGGCGUUGUUGCUUUUUUGUUACCUGUUCUAGAGUUACCUGGAUCACACCUGGAUGUACGUGGAAGUCUAACCGAAAAAGAAUCGAUGGCAGUUAUAAAAAUUUUUCUCCUUUUAUUCGUCAUAACCAUUUUAAUAGAAGAUUUUGUUAAAGCUCAACAGAAUCCAACUAUAACAUUUAUUACAAAAGAAAGAGUAGUUAGUAUUGGAGAUACAGUUGAUCUGCAAUGUUCAGUUCAAUAUACUGGACAGUAUCCUGUUAUAUGGGUAAAAUUGAAUAAAGAAAGUCCUGGCAACAAUGUGUUCCUAUCAUCAGGUGGUAACAAAAUAGUCCCAGAUGCAAGAAUAUCAGUUCGUCAUGAUGAUGCCAGCAGUACUUAUACUUUACAGAUUACAAAACUUCAAGAAAUAGAUGCAGGAGAAUAUGAAUGUCAUGUUUUAAUUGGAACCAGCAAUAAAAUUUCUGCAACUGUUUGGGUUCAUGUAAGAAUCUCACCAGUUAUAGCUGAUAACAGUACUAGAUCAGUAAUAACAAGCAUUGGUAAUAAUGUAACAUUGCAGUGUUAUGCUCAUGGUUAUCCUAAACCUAGUAUUUCUUGGAGAAGAGAAAAUAAUGACUUACUCCCAACUGGUGGAGCAGUAUAUUAUGGAAAUAUAUUAAAUAUAUUUAAUGUUAGUAAAAAUGAUCGAGGAACUUAUUACUGCAUAGCUGAUAAUGGUGUUUCAAAAGGUGCUCGUAGAAAUAUAGGAGUGGAAGUAGAAUUUGAACCAGUAGUAACAGCAGAACGUUUUCGCUAUGGUCAAGCUUUACAAUACAACAUGGAUCUUCUUUGUCGAGUGGAGGCAUUUCCAUCUCCUUCAAUAAUCUGGAUUAAAGAUGGUGUUCAGUUACAAGAUAAUCAGCAUUAUCAAAUAUCUAUAUUUCCAACUGAUGAUGAAUUUACAGAAACAACACUUAGAGUUAUAACAAUAGAGAAAAAACAAUAUGGUGAUUAUUUCUGUAAAGCAAUUAAUAAAUUAGGUUCUGGUCAAGCCAAAAUAGAACUUUAUGAAACACCACAUGCUACUUGUCCUCCAGCUUGUGAAUUGAGUUAUCUUAGUAGUGGUAAAUCAAGCAUCAUUGCCUCUAAUAUUUUAAUUACAGUGUUUGUUUUAAUUUUUAAAGUAUAUUAGAAAAAAUUUUAUAAUUAAAAAAAGUAAUUCCAUCACAUUAAAAUUUCUGUGAACAUAUCAUACAAAUUCUUACUCAUAUAAGUUUUCUACAGUACCAGACCAAAUAUCUGGUUUCCAGAAAUCUGGAAUUCCCAAAAAACCAGCUGUUUUUGGAAUUGGCAUUUUGAGUUUGACAGAUUGUAGUUGCCACAUGGCCACUUUGUUUUGACUUUUGUGGGACACGUCUCACAAUGCCAGUUCCAGUGUGACUGCUGGUAUAUUGUGUGUUAAAAACAGUUUAGUUCUUUAAUUUCCAUUGCUUAUUUUACAAUUUAAGUAUAUAUUUGGUCUUUUCUUUAUCCAGAAAUCUAGACUGGUAGUGACCCAUCCCAAUCUUGCUGGAUAUUUGGUUCAGUACUGUAUUAUUUCGGUUAAAAAUAUAGUUUCAAAUUUUUAACAAGUAACAAUUGUAAAAUAUAUAUUACAAGCAGCAAUUAAAAAUAUAAAACAGAUUUUAUAAUGAUAAUUAAUUAUUUCUAGAAUUGUGUUUAUUUUAAAAUAUAUAUAUAUAUAUACAGUGGGUGAUCAUUUAAUGAACAGUUUGGACUGCGAACAAAUCAGACAAUGAACACUUUCAUGAAAGACUUUUAUGUUCGGACAACGAACACAGUCUUGGAAUGGAUUAUGUUCAUUAACCGAUCACUCCACUGUACUGUAUUAGAGUUUUAAUAUCUGAAAUUGGGAUAUUUGUAUAUUUAUUAUGUUAUUAUUUUGAUGUAUUCCUAAAAAACUGAAAAAAUAUUUUUAAAUAUUAUGGUUGAUCAGUUUUAGAUGAUCAAUAUCUUGCCUUAGAGUAUUUUGUAUUAAUUAAAUAUU